AUGACGCGCCGAAAGCGUACUUCUUCUCCUUCACCCUCCGGUGCCCAGAAACGCGUGGCAUUUGAAAUCCCCGCCUCAUUGCAUCAACUUUCCACCAUUUCACGCUCGCUUGCCACAAACACCAACUCUCACGCGCCGUCGGGCUCUACAAGUCCAGUCGCCAAUACUCAAUCUCAGCCCCGACUGACUUCUCGCUCCUCCUCCUCGCACUCUGCUUCGUCAUUUUCUACCACCUCUCCUACUGUACAACAUACUCCAGCCAAGUUUGUGCCUCAGAAACACUCGUUUCCUGGUAGUCAGCCCUGGCCUCAACCGGUUCCGAAACCUCAAGCAUUGUUGGCGGUAUCGAAACAAAUAGAAGAAAUUACAGGAAAGAAGCCGACUCCCACAAACGUCUCUCCACCGUCCGCAGCCGCGCAGGCUCGACCCCCUCUUCCGACACCUCUUACAUCUAAGGUGCUGCCUAAGGGGAGACCCAGCCCACCUCGCUCCCAAAAUGAAGAGCCUGUUCUCAACCCGGGUGAAACACCGGUUCUCAGCACUCACCCGAAUUUGAUCGCGUCGCUGAUUGCGAAGAAAAGGGCCGAAAAUGAGGCGAAGGGGAAUCGCGCGAGAUGGGCUAGAAGACAAGCAGAGUAUAGAAUGGCCAAGUCCCCGGCGACACAGCCGAUGAAUGAAUUAAACACCGAGGUCGAUCGCAACAAAAUCAAACAACCUCAACCGAGGUCCGUUUCGAAUCCUCUUCCAGCGAGGUCGGUGCCAAAUGCACCAGCGGCCAAUGCUCCGACGCCAAACGUGUCCGAGGAUCAGACUCCAGCAGCAGAAUCCGUUUCUACGCCUCCUACUGUUGACUCGGCCAAGGGAAUAGAGACGGCAAAAGAUUCUCGGCCGAAUGAUAGUGAUUCACUCUUUGGAUCUACAUUCUCAUCUCCCAUCGCCGAGUUUCUCGAACGAGCAACUGAUAAUGCAAACUUGAGGGAAGCGCUGGGACCUCAUUCCAUCAUGUCCACGCAGUCUUCCUCUCAAAAUCUCGUGGGGCAUCCAACAUCUGCAUUAGCCGACGCAACGAGCAAAUCACAAGAUGUAGCGAUUCCUCCGCUGUUUUCGGGUAAGUCCAUGGCGAAUCAAGCGUCAGAUCAGGUUCAACAACUAUCACCGGUGACCAAUGCAAACUUUGCUUUAAAUUCGCCUUCUGUCAUGCAGCAAAAGCUUCCCAGAAAUUCGUCUACUUCAGGCCAAACUCAGGGAAGCCACGCCGCAGCAAUGGCUCAACAUCCACUGCCACAAUCUCAACAGUUCUACGAUGGCGUGCCAGGAUAUCAAAAGCUUGAUUGGCGAGGCUUCCCAGGUGAUACCACUAGCAGUGUUGCCAUGCGGCCCAAUUUUACUCUUGGUUCAAAUUAUGGACCACCCACUCGCUCAACAAACAUGCCAUAUUACGCAAUGGGAAUGACGGGCCCAUAUGCCAUGGAAGCAAGAACACCACCAGGACCCAUUCAAACCUACGGAAACACGGUACUCACGGCAGCAGCCGGAGACAACGAACCAGCAAGAUCACAACAAUCAAAUCCUGGGUUAAUGACUGCUGUUGACAUGGUUGCGGGGAUCAACACCAAAUUUAAAAUUGCGACAAAGAGUAACUUUAGUGUACCAAAACGAUGA